ACUCCAUCCUCACUGUGCAAGCGGAGGCAAAUACUUUAAAUGGGACCGCAAUCAUCCAACCAGCGUGAAUUGUAAAUGUUUGCUCUCAUGCUUCACCCCUUCAUAACCCUGCCCCUUAUUCUGUUCAUUUGCGAGGAAGUCAUUGCAAACACGGAAAUUAUCAACUUCCUUGCCGCUGAGGAAAGCAAUGUCGACUUCUCGUCUACCACGGUUGACAGUUGGCCAGUUUUGAAUUACAAAAAUAAUCAGGGGUAUUGGAACGUAGAUCCCCCUCUACUCGACACGCCUUUGCAGCAGGUAUGCGAGUCAGAGAAAGGCAUUGAUCCGGCGAACCCCUUCUCAUGCCAUCAUGAGCUCUGGGUAGCGCUAGAUCUCGAUGAUGAAAACUGGAUGUCCUAUUCAAAGUUUACGCUACGUCUAUCCUGGCCUGCUUCCUCCCCCGCGGAUUUUUUGCUUGAAAUCCACAGUCCUCAGGCGAUCUUGACCCGUUUGUCUAGACUACCGCACCAGUCAGCGAUAGACGAUGCUUCCAUCACUACGCCGCAUUUAUCGCGCACGGGUUUAUCCACUACUCGCCUCAAGUACGCCAGGAUACGAGUCGUUGAUACUGGCAUACGCACACCCACACGCACACCUGAUCUCCCUGUUUCGGCUGCUCGACCGAUAUCAUUCAUUCUCGUUCUCGAACAACUCUAUCUUGGCGUUAUACCGGCUUCUCUCGUUCCUGCUGCGUGUUUCCUUAUCCCCGUUCUGGCCUGUGCGGCUCUAGCCACACCGUGGAUACUUGGUUAUCUCGAUCAUUUCAUAAAGGAGGCUAGACAGGAAUUGCGCGAUUUUAGCACAGUUGAAGAAAAGAAGGAACACUGAGAUGUGUUAGUCGUGCGGUAUACAUGCAUUUUUCUCGAUGCUGUGGCGUUUCAUCUUAACCGUGGGCGAUCCAGCACUCGUGAUACAAACACUGUCAUUUUACGCGCGUCAAAGAG